AUUAAGUCCUUUUUAAGCUUCAUCUUUUCUAUUUCUCUAGAUACAAGGAAAUUUUGCAGGAAAAUGUUAAUUGCUUGUUAAUGCUUCUGAAACCUGUAUGUUUUGUAUGCACAAAAUAUUUUCAGAUCAUUCAGAUUUUUACUGAACAGUUAAAAAAAACACAAAUCUUAUUUGCUGAUUUAUGUGAUUAAGGCAAUCAACAGAUGACAGCCCAGAUUUCAGCCAUGAUCCCUCAAUUUGUACCGUUAACUCAAGCUGCAGGUCAACAAGUGGUUUUAGACAUGCCUGGAACAAAUCCACAUGAAAGUAUUUUACUGACAAUGGCUCAACUUCUGGUGCAGGGAACCAAAUUGCCACAGUCUGCCACCAUGCCAGGAACCAGUCUAAAAUCUGAUUUUAGGGGAGGUAAUCAGCUGGACAAAAUCAAUUCCACUGAUGGUAUAAAAUCAGAAAAUGUGUCUAAAGAAGAAAAGAAAGCAGAUAUAGUGUUUACUCUUGGGUCAAGCACACUUAGUGCAGAAGAACAACUGAAGAAAUUUGUUAGUUCAAGUCAAGCCUCACGAAAUCAGGCCUACUAUGUUGUUGUAAAUAAAGGGGAGACAAAUGAGAGGGCAUUCUUUAUUGAACCAAACAAAAAAGGAAAAUCUAAACCUAACACGGAAAAGAAAAUUAAAACAGAGAAAAAUGAUGACAGUCUAGUUAAAACACUAGAUACAGUCAAAACAGAGCCGGACAAAAAACCAGUCAAGGUAGAACAGGAAGUGGUGGUACCUGAUUCCUCUUCAGGAGAUCCAGAACCUCAGAACAAGUUCCUAAAAUUUUGCCAGCUUCCAAAAACCCCAGCUAAAGUUCCAGUUGCAGCUGUUACACCUCAGAGACAAUCUGAACAGGAAAAUAAAAACAGAAACUGCCUGAUCUGUGAAAGUAAUGAUGUGAAUUCGGAUGAGGAGUUUCUCAAUACCAGAAGACGUGGUGGAAGGAAACGUAAAUCAACAAGUAAAUUUCAAGAGUGGUCAAAGCGGUCCAGAAAAGGUGUCACAUACGAUGAUAAUGAAAACACUGAUGAAAAAGAAAAUAAGGCCAAAAACGAGUGUUUAUCAUGUAUAAAAUGUGGUAAACAGUUGUUACCACUAGGUCAAUAUGAGAAGCAGAAAAAACAUCCAGAAUUUUUGUCUUGUGUUUUCAAGAAGAACACAGAGUUGAUAUAUUUUCCAAACAUGAAGACCAAGGAUUGCCAAUUACAAACAGUUGAAUCUGAAACAAAUAACAAAG